AUGGGGAGCCACAGCUGGGGCUAUGCCCUUGCGAAGCUGGACACACCACGAAAGCCAGAGGAUCUGUUGGGUGUUUCUCCUGAGCCGGAUCUUUGGGACGAAGAGGAUGACGUGGAUGCAUUCAAUUAUUAUUGGGAUUUCUAUGGUUUGGGCUUCCCGGAGAUGGACUCGAUUCACUCCACCAAAGUAAAGUUUCCGACCAAUGGAAGGAUCAAGCGCUUUCUGAAACAGAGCAGAACAGAGCAGAGCGAAGGAGAAAUUCUAGAAAUGUACUAUGUGCAAUGCUUCGACAGAAGGCUGACGUCCAUCACAAAACUUCCAGAGGACGCACAGCAAUAG